AUGUAUCAGAGCUUCUCGGGCCCAAGGAUAGAACCUUUCGUCAUCGCCUGGAUCGUCACGGCCGUCCUUCGGCUCUGCAAGGACAUUGCGGUCGUCCCUGCAUCUUCGAAUUCUUCGGCUACCGUCACCGUUGGCUCCGGCGCAUCAUAUGAGCUUGCAACGCCCCUCACUGCUAAGAGCUCCGUCGUGCCGGUGUACCGCAACUGGGUGGGACCUCGCUCCGUCCAAGGCGACAGCGCAUGCUGGCGCGAGGCGCACGUUAUGAAGAAAUGCCCCUCGAACUACGACCGCAACGAGAAGACCAACACGUGCUGGGCCGAAUGCCCCAUUGAGUACCCGGUGGAGUGCGGCAUGGAGUGCAUCCGCCAGAACGACGACUGCGGACGCGAGGUGCUCUACAAGGUCGGCUCCGUGUUCAACGUCGGCAUCAACGGCGUCAUGGACAACUGGUUCGGCAAGUUCUCGGAAAUGGCCAAGGGCGUGCGGUCCGCCGUCAUGUGCUCCUGCAUGAUUGUGGGUGAGCUCCGGGCACUUAACCGCUACAUCCGCUCCAUUAAAGCUGCGGACCUCGAGGCGUCUCAAGACAAGAUCAUGGUGCUGCUCUAUCAGUCGAACGCUGUGGUGGUUGAACUGCCUAUUACGAUCAAGCUGUGUAUGGGCGGAAAAACAACCCGCCAAUGGUGGCUGGCGGACCGCAUCAUGGCCACUUCGCAGUUCAUUCUGUCCCAGGUUCUGGCCCACGACGACAGCCUCAUUACGAGUUGGGAGCGCUUCAAGGCCUUCAUGAAGGGAGCCAACUUCACGGCCCCGCCGGAGCAGAUCACCAAGGGCGAGAUCGGAUACCUCAAGGACGCUCUCAGGCCCAACUCGACGUGCGGCCACGACCUGCAAGGCCUCAUGGAGCGCACGUGGUCGACCGUCGAGGCCUUGAGGGAGCAAAACCCCGGCAUUACCAAGGACGAGCUGCGCGUCAAGAUCCAGGACACGGACAUCGUCAAGACGGACAUCGCCACGGUGACCAGCAACUGCAUGGAGCUACUGAUCUCCCAGUCCGACGAGAAGACGGCCUAUACCACGCGCGACAAGCUGCGCAAGACCUUCGGUGUCGUCAUCAACGACCUCAUCACAACGGGCAAGAUCGACAACGGCACGUCCUACAAGGCCAUGGAGUACGUGUACAAGGUGGUGAACCAGGGCCUCAACUUCUGGGUCGUCACGGGCUUCGACAUGAGCGGCAUCUCGAGUUUCAUCUCCGAGUACUUCCAGUCCAUCUGCGGCCCGACGCACACCAUGUCCUGGACCAAGAAGGGCGACGGCCAGGUGAUCAUCAACUUCCAGAGCACCGACACCAAGAACGUGACGGUCAACAUUAUGUCUGGAGGCGACAAGAUCGACGAAAUCGACGUCGCUGCCUGUGGGAAAGCCACGUGGAAGUCAACUGUGGAGAAGCUGGGCGGCCGGACGCUGUAUCUGGAUCGCUGGCGUCCUGGUUUCCUGGGUCUUCCUGGCACCGGAGGUGGCUCUUUGAUGCUGUGGGUCCCUCAUGCAGCUGAAGGCAUUGUCUGUUGA